ACCUGUCCGUGAGACCCGCUUCUCUCUAGUGUUAAACAGCUUCCUAAUUUUACGAAAUGGGGAGUUAACCGUGGCUUUUUGUUUCCAAAAACAGGUCUUGUUUACUUAUCGUCUUUCUUCUUUACCUCUUUCUUAUGUCCUCUAUAAAUAGCCGAAUUUCAGAGACAUGGUAGUGUUGAAAGGUGGGUAGGUCACAGGUGGAGAAAAUAUUUUCCGAGGAAGAUGGAGUGGCAGAAUUUUCAAGAAAAUCAACGAGAAGAAGAAGAGAUGAGAGUGGAAACGGAGUUGGGGCAGUUUCAAAAUGGUGAGUUGUUUGUCAAAGUGAUGACUGAUGAGCAAAUGGAGCUUCUGAGGAAACAAAUUGCUGUUUACACCAUGAUUUGUGAACAGCUUGUUCAGAUGCACAAGGCCUUCUCCCUUCAAUAUGAUAUUACUGGAAUGAGAAUGGGCAAUCCAUACUUUGAUCCACUGGUGGCAUCCAGUGGCCAGAAGAUCACCGCCAGGCAACGGUGGACACCGACGCCAGUGCAGCUGCAAAUCCUGGAGCGUGUAUACAAUGAAUGCACCGGCACUCCUAACAAGCAGAAGAUCCAAGAAAUAACCACUGAACUGGCACAAUAUGGACAAAUCUCUGAAACAAAUGUGUAUAACUGGUUCCAAAAUAGAAGAGCUCGUCUCAAGAGAAGGCAGUCAGGUGUUGGCUCGAACAUGGAGGAGUCAGAGACAGACAUAAAGAACAAAAACCCAGAGAACACCCAGUUGUUUGCGAAUUCGACAUCAAGGGCUGAAAACAUUUUUUUUCAAAGUCCAGAUAUAGGAAUUGAGCAACUGAUGGGCAAAUUGGAGAUACCGGGAAGCUAUAGUCCUUAAAAGGGAGGUGCAAGGAUACAUCAUGUCUGGAUGAUGAAAGCUUAUAUGGUCGCUGGCAGUUACAUGACAUGCCGAUAAUUUAGCUAUUUUCAUCAAUGUACAAUGUAAAUUGAUUUCUUUUUGGUGGACUUUUUAAAGUUUUAAACUACACUAUUCAUAGCA